AUGACUAACAUCUACACGCUCAGAGCAUUGCUCUGUGGCCAGUGGGAGUCCGAUGAAAGACUGGAUGGCAAAACAGUUAUCAUCACUGGCGGUAAUACUGGUAUAGGAAAGGAAACAGCACUUGACCUGGCCAAGAGAGUGUCUGAGUGUGAUGUUGCAGGGGGCAGGAUCAUCCUGGCUUGCAGGGAUGUCGUCAAGGCUGAGAAGGCUAAGGCUGAGAUCACAGAGAAUUCUGGGAACCCAAACAUUCUGGUCAGGCCUCUGGAUCUGGCAGACUGCAGGUCCAUCAGGGAAUUCUCACAGCUCAUUAACAGAGAGGAGAGCCAGGUGAACAUACUGAUCAACAACGCUGGCAUCAUGAUGUGUCCGUACUCCAAGACCACAGACGGGUUCGAGAUGCAGUUUGGGGUCAACCAUCUGGGUCACUUCCUGCUCACCUUCCUGUUACUUGACCUCUUGAAGAGUUCGGCGCCGUCGCGGGUCAUCACCCUGUCGUCCAUGGCCCACGCCUGGGGGCGGAUCCAGCUGGAGGACGUCAACAGUGAGACGAGCUAUCACUCCAGACGGGCCUACGGGCAAAGCAAACUGGCCAACAUCCUGUCCACACGUUCCCUGGCUAGGAGGCUGCAGGGCACAGGGGUGACCGUUUACGCCGUUCAUCCUGGGAUUGUGCGUACGGAGCUGAAGAGACAUAUGAACCUGGCCUUGCUCAUCUCCUGGAAGAUUGUGCGUCCUUUCACCAAGACAGUGAUUCAGGGAGCUCAGACUUCCAUCUACUGUGCUGUUGAGCCCAGCCUGGACAGCCAGAGUGGAGGAUACUACUGUGACUGUAAACUGUCGAGCUGUGACCGGGCUGGCAGGGAUGACGUCAUGGCUGAGAAGCUCUGGGAACUCAGCUGCCAAAUGCUCGGAAUCACAUGGGAUUGA